AAAUAAUGUCGAUAUCAAGACGAAGUUAUGAACAGUUCGAUGAAAUGAAAUCAGAAAAUCAAGAAAAUAAUUCCAAGAAGAAAAGCUCCGAGCGUCUGAAGAAAUUGGAUCCAGAUAAGUUUGUAGAAGCUUAUGGAGCCUAUGGAAAAUACCAGAUAUUUACUUAUGUCCUCGUGCAAACUCUAAAUUUUUUCUAUUCUUCAUCUAUGUAUAUUAUGAGUUUUGUGCAGCUUAAUCUGGAAAAACAAUGCGAGUAUAAAAAUGAGACGAUUCCUAUAAGUGAAACUUGUCAAAUUGAAACGGAAUCCAGUAAAGCAUUUGGAAAUUUGAAUGGAGAAUAUUGUGGAAUUGCUGAAAAUACACUUGUCAAUGUCACGAAUCAAAAAGCAUCUACGAAUUUGCUCGUAGAUUUUGAUCUCUCAUGUUCUCAUUGGUUUUUUCAAGAAUUUGGAUUGACAAUUUUCACGAUUGGAGCAGUGAUUGCAGUGCCUUUUAUGUCAAUGUUAGCUGAUAGAUAUGGAAGAAAACCAAUUAUUGUGACAACAGCAAUUCUGGCUUUUUUGGCAAACAUGGCUGCAUCCUUUAGUCCAAAUUUUGCAAUUUUUCUAAUUCUGAGAGCAUUUAUUGGAGCUUGUAGUGAUUCGUAUCUUUCUGUUGCAAGUGUUGCCACAUGUGAAUACUUGUCUGAAAAGGCAAGAGCCUGGAUUACGGUAGUCUACAACGUGGCAUGGUCUCUUGGUAUGGUAUGGACACUUUUGGUAACUCUGAUGACUGAUGACUGGCGAUGGAGAUAUUUUAUUGUAUCAUUACCCGGUGUUUAUGGUUUUGCUUUAUGGUAUUUCUUACCCGAGAGUCCUCACUGGCUGAUAACGAAGAAUAAAACCGAAAAGUUGAAAAAGUACAUUAAAACUGCAAAUAGAGUGAAUAACGUAUCACCUGAAUUCAAUGAUUGCCAACAAAGUUCACAUCAUGAGGAAAAACAUGAAUCGUUCAAAGCCUUGCUGGGGAGUAAAAAAUUGAUUUGGCUCCUUUUUGCAAACGGAUUUAUCGAAAUGGUGAUUUCCCUGGUCUAUUUUGCAAUUUCCUUUAUGUCCGUUGAGCUUGGCGGUGAUCAGGUCCAGGCAUUCCUCUAUUCAUCUUUGAUUGAGAUUCCAGCUGGUCUUGCCGUAAUUCCAUUAAUGAUGAAAAUGGGUCGAAAGAUGAUUGUCAUUUGGUGCCUUGUAUUUCAAACUCUUGCUCUUAUUGGAGUUACAGUAUUUCUUGAUUCUUAUGAAUUUAAGCUUGUCAUCAUGCUUGUAGCAAAAGUUAUGGCCACAAUAAUAUACUCUGUUCAUCCAAUCUGGGCAACUGAACAAUUCCCAACAUCUGUAAGAUCACUGUGUUUCUCAUUGAUGAACAUUCCACAAAGUAUGGGAAUAAUAAUGUCACCAUAUGUCAAACAUAUUGUUAUGUCACCAAACUGGAUUCCAUUUGUGGUCAUUGCGCUUUUCAGUUUCAUUUCUGCAACGUUGGCAUUCAUGUUGCAUGAGACAAAGAACAAAAAGUUGCCUACCGACAUUGAAAGUCUCUCUUAUCCAUCGGAAACGAAUGAUUUGUCAGCGUAUCGUAGAAGCAAAUCAUCAUCUUCCUCGGUGUCAGCAUUGUCGAAAACAAGUGUUCGAUCAAAGAAGACGUUGUCAAGUGAAAGUGUCAGCAAGAAACUUGAUACUGUUAACUUUUCUGACAAAGAAUACAGAAUAUAAGAAUAAACACAUUUCUUCCCGAAA